AUGACUGGCGCGCUCCCCCUCAUCAAAAGCUCCUCCAGUGCCGCAUCCCACCAGGUACACCACCAUACCCCUGCACACCUGUUGGCGACAACACUCGCGACGACGACCAUUAGGAGCAUGAGCACGACCAACCCGCCGGGCAGCAGGUCUGACGAUGACCAAGAUGACCAGGGUAGAGAGCCUCCUCGUGAGGACGAUGCCCGAUACUUCGUCGACCGCAAGUUGAAGCUCUGCACCAGCUGUAACAAUACACAUAUCGUUCCCGGGCCAUGCAAGAAGCGGUCCCACUCGAACGUCUCGACCGAACCGCUACCGCAGUCGCUCCUCAAGACGAUCAAGCAACCUCGGACCGUUCUUAGCCCUCACGACCAGUCAAACAUGGACAUCAGCCACCUUAUGGGCGAGUUCGAUCAGGUGUGCAACGAUGUCGGGAACUUGAAGAGUCGCGUCGAUGCUGCUCUCGGCAACAUCGCGCCCCAUCACAACGAAGUUUCCCACAGGUCCCAGAGCACGCGAGGUACUGGCAACCCCUCCAGCAUGGACGUUGACCGAGUCCGUCAGCUCCUUGCGGACGCCUCCACGUUCCUUUCCCUUGCUCGUAGGGCCGCCUUUCCGCGCCCCGCUGCCGAUGAGGCUACCAACAACAAUGUCCAGGGUCAGAUGAUGGGUUCUGCGCCUACCUCUCCCCAGCUUCGCAGCCCCUCUAAGACGCUUUCGAAGCAGUCACAGCAGUCGUCCUUUUCUCGAUACUACGCCAGCCUGUUUCGUGGCGCUCAUGAAGAGUCUGAAGAUUUCGAAGAAGGACAACAGAGUAUGGAACAGUUGUUGAUCGAGGCUAAGGCUAAGCGUCUGCGCACUUCGAAGAAGACCAGUUAA